AUGCUGCCCCAGCUCUGGCUGCUGCCGCUGCUGUUGCUCGGCGGCGCGCCGGGCGCUCUCAGCCGUGCGCCCUGGCCAGGUUACAAUGAAAGCCAAGACGCUGAAUGGCCUUCCAAGGGCACCAGACAGGGCUGGAGUCGGAGAGUCCGAGAGAGCCCCGGGCAGGUGCCGGAGCCAGGCAGGACCCAGCUGAGCCAGGACCUGGGCGGGGGCUCCCUGGCCAUCGACACGCUGCCCGACAACAGAACCAGGGUGGUGGAGGAUAACCACAGAUACUAUGUAUCCCGCAUCUAUGGCCCCCGUGAGCCACGCAGCCGGGAGCUGUGGGUGGACGUGGCUUCAGCCAACCAAAGCCAAGUGAAGGUCCACAGAAUUCUCUCCAACACCCACCGGCAGGCUUCCAGGGUUGUCUUGUCCUUUGACUUCCCCUUCUAUGGGCAUCCUCUGCGGCAGAUCACCAUAGCAACUGGAGGCUUCAUCUUCAUGGGUGAUGUGCUCCACCGGAUGCUCACAGCUACCCAGUACGUGGCACCCCUGAUGGCCAACUUCAACCCUGGCUACUCCAGCAACUCUACAGUCUCUUACUUUGACAAUGGGACAGUCUUUAUUGUUCAGUGGGACCGAGUCUAUCUCCAGGGCCGGGAGGACAGGGGCAGUUUCACGUUCCAGGCAGCACUGCACCGAGACGGCCGCAUUGUCUUUGGUUACAAAGAGAUCCCCAUGGCUGUCCUGGAGAUCAGCUCUUCCCAGCACCCUGUCAAAGCAGGCCUGUCAGACGCCUUCAUGAUUCUCAAUCCAUCCCCGGAGGUGCCAGAGUCUCGGCGACGGACCAUUUUCGAAUACCAUCGCGUGGAACUGGACUCAAGCAAGAUCACAAGCACAUCAGCUGUGGAGUUCACCCCAUUGCCAACCUGCCUGCAGCAUCGGAGCUGCGACGCCUGCAUGUCUUCGGACCUGACCUUCAAUUGCAGCUGGUGCCAUGUCCUGCAGAGAUGCUCCAGUGGCUUUGACCGCUACCGCCAGGAGUGGCUGGCCUACGGCUGUGGCCAAGGAGAGGGAGAGGGCGGAACGUGUGAGGACUUCCAGGAUGAGGACCACCACUCAGCCUCCCCGCGCGGUUCCGUGAGCCCCUUUGAUGGCGACCUCACCACCACCUCCUCCCUCUUCAUUGACAGCCUCACCACAGAAGAUGACACCAAGUUGAACCCCUACGCAGGAGGAGAUGGCCUUCAAGAUAACUUGUCUCCGAAGUCCAAGGGGCCCCCUGUGCACCUGGGCACCAUCGUGGGCAUCGUGCUGGCUGUGCUCCUGGUGGCGGCCAUCAUCCUGGCUGGGAUUUACAUCAGUGGUCACCCCAACUCCAAUGCCGCGCUCUUCUUCAUCGAGCGGAGACCUCACCACUGGCCAGCCAUGAAGUUCCGCAACCACCCCAACCACUCCACCUACACGGAGGUCGAACCCGUGGGCCACGAGAAGGAGGGCUUCGUGGAAGCCGAGCAGUGCUGAGGGCUCCGGGCAAGAAGACCCACGGGUGACAGGGAAGAUGAGUCACAGCAAAACAACAACAACAAAAAAAAAACCACAAUAAAAAAGUGACUUUUCUUGGCCUCCUCUGAGCUGGCCCUGAGCCAGGAAGAUGAGACAGCAAAUUACGGUGCCAGAACCACAGUUGAGUCCUUUCACCCCAGAAAAGGGAGACGUGACCAUGAGAGGUUCUUAAAGGAACGGUAACCUCAUCUCACCAUUUUGAUGGGUGGGGGGGGUCUCCCCUUAAUGGGUCUCUCAGGAAUCUGCUCUGGGCUGUCACAGAGCCCCUCCUAAAGAUAGCCUCGUGCCCUGCUCCUGGUCACCUGAAGCCCCUGCGUGGGACACAAGCUUGCUAACUGAAGACUCGCGUCGGGCUGCUGUAUUUCAUGGUCCACAGACUCCAGAGCUGGUCCUCAUGGCUAUGGAGCUGGUUUACUUCACCACUGUCUCUGUGGCUCUGGGAGCCUCAAGAAGGGGUUCCCUCCAUCUGGGAUGUUCUUAGCGCUUGGGCAAGUUAUCAUCAGAUAUAAACCAAAUGAGAGGAGAGAAACUAACCUUGGGAAAACUUGCCUUUCUGGGGUUGGUCCCUUCUCAUGCCUUUCUAUGGUGACCCAGGACUUGCAUCAGAGGGUACAGGGCCUGUGGCCCGGCUCCACCCCACCCUGCUGCACAGCCUCUGCUGCCACGCAGGGCUCCCCGCUCUGUCACGUGACCGGUGCCCACUUUACUGGCUGGCCUGCUCUGCUGUCCCGGCCGGUAGGUUCUUCAGAGGCAGAGCUUGUCUGGUUCAUAUUUUUCCUCAUCUGGCCUGGGGAUUUUUAUAGCCACUGAAGACAAAUGGGACCAGAGGAGUCCUUGAGACAGUCAGUCCCCUGUCAGGGAGCUUUGGGGAGCUACCAGGAAAGUAGGGACGGAGGGAGAGACUUUCUACACGAGACCUUGACCUGGAGACUGGCCUCCAUCUUCCCAGCUCUGAGGCAGCUUUGAGGACAGAGAGUUGAGGCUUCUGCACUUAACCUCGUUUUAGGAGCUCUGAUGAUCUGGGGCUGCUUCUGAAGGACAUUCAAAGUCAACAUUUAGAUCUCACCCUCAUUCCAGGCAAGAAAUAGCAGCAGCAAAUAAAUGUUAAAUCACAGUA